AUAGCCGAAGAAAGGAGGCAGAAGGGGGGGAAUGAGACGGUCCAGACAGGAGAGCCCCAUAAGCGCCCAGAAGCAAUCUCCUCACAAAGAUCAGGGAAUAUCCCCCAGAGUGAUCCUGAAAGUCCCCCCUAUAGGGAUAGAGGACGAAACCAGCGACCCUAUGAG